CUAAAUAAAGCUUCUACGACCGAGAAAGGCGUUCAUUACCAGACGUUCGAUCUGUAUGUGCGUUUAUGCGUUCUGUUUAUGUUUAAUCAUAUGUAAUUUCUCUCACAGUGUUACAGUUGCAGCGUAAUACACACUAAACGACAAUGAGUGACGCUGAGAAGGAAUUCGUGGAGCGGGAGUCCCGUUCGACUUCUAGGAGCCCAAGUCCUAGAGGAUCUGCUAAGACCGCUAGUCGCUCUCCGGAGCGUUCACCUGCUCGGUCGAAAGAGGGGUCGCACCACUCUCGCUCGAAGUCCCGCUCUCGCUCCAGGUCCAAGACUAGGUCUCGUUCCCAUCGGAGUUCUCGCCGACAUUACAGUCGGUCCCGUUCACGCUCUCAUUCUCGCCGGCGACGUUCACGCAGCCGCUCAAACAGCAGCGAAUACCGCCGCCGCCGCAGUCAUAGUCAUUCUCCUAUGUCCAACCGUAGACGUCAUGUUGGAGACCGGACAAACCCAGACCCAAACUGCUGCCUGGGAGUGUUUGGCCUGAGCCUGUACACCACAGAGAGAGACCUGAGGGAUGUCUUCUCCAAGUUUGGCCCUCUGAGUGAUGUCAGCAUUGUGUACGACCAGCAGUCUCGACGCUCCAGGGGCUUCGCCUUUGUCUACUUCGAGAACAGAGAAGAUUCAAAAGAGGCUAAGGAGCGUGCUAAUGGUAUGGAGCUAGAUGGCCGCAGAAUCAGAGUCGACUACUCGAUUACCAAGAGGCCACACACACCUACUCCAGGAAUAUACAUGGGCAGACCAACGUAUGGUGGAGGCCCGAGUGUAAGCCGUCGCCGUGAUUACUAUGAUCGAGGCUAUGAGCGUGGAUAUGAUCGCUAUGAUGAUCGUGACUACUAUAACAGCAGGUCGUACAGAAGAAGAUCCCCCUCUCCCUACUACGGUCGAGGACCAUACAGGUCAAGAUCACGCUCUCGAUCCUACUCCCCUCGCCAUUACUGAAGUGAAGUUUGACUCCUUUCACCCUCCCUGAAGAUGAUAUUGAUGCUAAUGACAUUGUUUAUGACGUAGAUGUUUAUUUCUGGUGGCAUGAGUUUGGAUGUACUUUAAACGCAGUCCCCUUGAUUUCUUGCCUAGAGGUUUCAUGUGUCGGUGACCGGUCUGGAUGUUCCAUUAGUUUGAAUGUUUUUGCACUGUUUACUUUUAAUUUUUUUUUUUUUUUUUUUUAAGUUUCUUAUUUGAUAAUAAACUUGCAUUUGUUAUAUGAUAGUUUCCUGCUCACACACAAUUAUGUUUUUAUGCGUUUUAAGCUUAGAAGUGGUCUUGCAAUAAACUUCUUUAUACCUCCUCCCUGA